AUGAUUUUCAUAAAGCAAUGUUUGCUUCUAUCACUUUUUGUAGUCAUUGUAUCAUCUUUUUUGAAGCGUAAAUUAGUGCUAAAUAAUUAUAUAUACUCUAAGACUAAUCAAUUUAAGAAAAGAAAGAAAAUAAAUAAUUACCAAUUGGUAAAAAGUAAAGAUAAGGAUGUCGAAUCUUACAUUCCCCACAUUUAUAAGGAUAUUGCUCCAUCAUUAAAAGGAUUAGCUGAUCAAGAAUACUCUUAUAAGCAACUUUUAAAUGCGUAUAUCCCCGAAACAGUUGAAAGAGAGAAGAGAGAUAAAUUGAACAAAAAAUUAAGUCAAAAAAAUAAUAAAAAACAAAGUAAGGAAAACAGACAAACUAAUAAGGAUAAUGACAUUGAUGAAAAAAAAGAAGAUGAAGAUAAUAAAGAUUUAUCAAAUAAUAUUGACAAAAUGAUGGAAAUAAAAAUGAAAGAAAAUGAUAUUAAACAUUUUGAAAGUUUAAGUGAAAUAAAUAAUCAUAAAAAGAAAAAUAAAAUAUUAGAUAUAGCAUAUGAUGUUAUUGAAGAUACAUUAAAAAAUACUUAUAUGAAUCACAAAUUGGGAUUAGAUGAUGAAAAUAAUGAUUCAAAAAAAAAUUAUUUAGAAAUCGCAAAAAAAAAUAAAGACUUAUUAUAUGAUAAAUUAAUUAACAAUUAUUCCAUGCUAAAUAGUUCUAGCACCUUUGAUUUGUUUGGAGUUUUUUAUGACAACGAUAAUUAUAAGGAUGAGAAUAAGUUAAUAGAAGAGCUUGACAAAAUUAUGAAUUUAGAGCCUUUUAAAAGUAACAAAGAUAAUAUCGAUGAAGACAUUGAUACCCUUUUAAAGAAGGAUAAAAUACCUACACACAUUCGUAACUUUAUUUUAAAGUAUAAAAAUUUGAGAAAAAUUAAUAUGCAAAAUAAAAAAAUGGAGCAUACGAACAAAAACGAUAAUGCGCAAGUCAAAGGUGAAAAUGGGGAAAAUAUAUACAAGGAUUUUAAUAGAGAUUUGAACAAAGUUUUGAUGACUUUUAAUAAAAAUUUAACUAAUGAAAAGUUAGUAAAGAGAGAUAAAUACAUUAUAGAUGAGCUAUAUGAAGAAUAUAAAAAGCAUUUAAAAAAUAUGAACAUUAAAAGAAACAAAUUAGAACCACAAAAAGAUAAUUAUGAUUUUUUAACAUUUGUUCAUGAACAUGGUGAAGAGUUUUUUUUCCAAAAAUAUGGUUAUUUUGAUAGUUAUCUAAAGGAAAAUGUUGAAAAAAUUAAAAAUAAAAUUAAGAGCGAAAAUGCAAGUAUAAUACACAUUCCAAAUAUUAUUAAUUCUGAAUCAAAUUCAGAACACGAGAAAUCUUCGACAAUCACUAAAUCAAAUGACCCAGCAAACAAUAUAGGAAAUGAAAAAGACGACAUUGGUGAAGAUUUUUUAAAUGAUUCUCCUGACAAAAGAAUCAAUAAAAAAAAUGAUGGAGAAAUAAGUAAUGAUAAGAAUAACAAACAAAUGCGCAAUAAUUUAGACUGGAGAAAAGAAAGUAAUAAAUUAGAAAGUUAUAUGCUAUCAAAUAUAGUACGUGAAUAUGAUAAAAGAAUAUAUGAUAUAUAUAAACCUAAUAAUAUGAUAACAAACCAGUAUGGGUUUAAUAAUUAUAUUGACAAUGAAGAAUAUGAUAAACAGAUAAAUGUUUCUUUAAAUAAGAAUAGUAUAAUGAAUUACGAUAGUAAAGAAGAAUUAAAUAAUGAUGAAAGUUUAUAUGUUGGUAAAUUAAUAUUUGGAAAAAUAUUUAGAAUUGAAAAAAAUAUGGCCCUAGUUGACAUAAACUACUCACAUUAUGGAGAAAUCCAUUCAGAUCAAAUGCCAUAUAAUCUUACUAAUAUUAGUGAUGUAUUUAAAGUUAAUGAUAAGUUAAUAUUUGAAAUAUAUAAAAUGUAUCCUAAUAGAAUUGAAUUAACACUAAAAAAUAUUCAAAAAAUUAAUGACCUUAAUAAAAUAUUAUUAUAUAAAACACAAGACAUUCCUUUUGAAGUAACAGUUGUGUCUAUAAUAAAAAAUGGCAUAAGUGUUUCUUAUAAUGAUAUAUAUGCAUUUAUUCAUAUAUCUGCUAUAUCGUCUAAAUAUAAAGUUCUAGUAGACGAAAAUGAAACUAUUGAUUCAAAUUUAUUAAAUAAAAAAAUAAAAGUACUUUGUACUGAUAUUAAUAAAUUAAGUUUUUCAAAUUUAUUAUAUGAGCAAAAUGAACAAUUAAAAAAUAUAAAUAUGUAUGAUGUAAUUGACGUGGAGAUUAUACAUAUAUCCAAAUACGGUCUAAUGGUAAAAUAUAAUGAUAUUGUUGGACUUAUACAUAUAUCAGAAAUUUCCCGAAAAAAAAUCGAAAAUAUUAAUAAUGUUUUCAAAAUUAAUGAAAAAAUUAAAGGAAUGUUAAUAAAUAUAGAUUAUUAUAACAAACGAUUUUCUUUAUCUACUAAAAUUUUAGAAACACCCGAUAAAAAUUUUAUUGAUAAUAGAGAGGAUAUUUAUAGUAAUAUUGAACACAUUAUUAAUAACAUUAAAAAAAGAAGUAAUAAAAUGGAAGUUAACGAUUCGAAUAUUAAGAAUCAGUUAUUAUCUCUAAUUGAUAUAUAUAAAGAUGGUAAUGGGGCUGAACAAAUGAAGACUGAAGAGGGAAAGGAUGAAACUACUAAUCAACAGAAAAAAAUACAAGAGGAAAUAAAUCUUUACGAAAAUGAAAAACCUGUGAACCAAACAGAGCAUAUUACAGAUACGAAAAAUGAUAAUAAUAUAAUUGAUGGAGAAGAAAAUCAUAACAUUAAUUCUAUUGAUAAUAAUAUCGAAAAAAUACAAGAAAAAAAUCAAAACAAUUAUGAUGGCACACUCUCCGACUUAAAUAAAUAUGAAGACGAAAAAGAGGAAUUAUCUAUUGAUGUUCACAAUGAAUUGAUCCCGUAUUUACUUCUAAAGCAGUCCGAGCGUAAUAAAGAGGAACAUGAUGAAGAAAAGAAGGAAAUUGUUUGGAACCUGGACGACGAAGAAUUUUUGCAUUCGAAUUCCCCGACUCAGAAUUCUCAAUAUAUCGAAUAUCAGUGGUCAUAUUUAAAAGACAAAAAAUGGGUAUCCUUUCCAUACCACGUCAAUAGAAUUAUAAAUUACUAUUUCAACAUUAAUGAUGAUUUUUUUACAUAUAAGGAAAAAAAUGUAACAUACGAAAUAUAUUUUGCAAAAAACGUGAGGAUUGAUUUGUCUACCGGUUUGCAAAACAGGAUUAGAAAAACAUUAAAGUAA